GACCCUUCACCUGGAUUAAAAUAGUGGGGGGCGGAAGCAAAAGCCAGUGUAGUGGGUGGAGGGGAUGGGGCGAGAGCUGGAACAUGAUUGAAGAGCAGCAGAACUUACAGAGGGGGAAUCAAUGAGAGAGCAUCUCACAGAAUUCCCCAUUGAAGAGUGAUGGAAAACAUCUUCAACAUGGGUAACUCCAGAGAGUAUGCAGUGGAGCAGUAAAAUUGGGACACGAAAAGACAGCUGAUGCUGGAAUCCUGAGCAAAAAUCAAACUGCUGGAGGAACUCAGCUGGUCAAGGAGCAACCGUGGAAGGAAAUGGGCAGAUAAUGUUUGGGUCAAGACCCUUCAUUUGGAAUGGAAAUAAUGGAGGUGAGAGAGCUAGAACAAAGAGGUGAGGGGGUGAGGCAGUUCGAUAUUUGCUCCAGAUUCCAGCAUCUGCAGAAUCUUGUGUCUCCAACUCUGCAAGAAAAUACUUAACCAGAUUAUUUGUGCUUGACGAUGGUUUUGUUCAUUAUCCUUCAAAAACCCAGCAUAAGACUUACUUUUUGCUUACCAUGAUUAGUGUCCAUGGGGAACAGAAGGACAGUUCCGACGUUAAUGGAAAAGGGGUGCAAGGAGCAAGAACGGACUCAGCAAGAGGAACCCCAGGGAAAGUGGGGAGAGGUGAAACUAAAAGUGACAUUCGCAGUGACAGCCAAAAAUCCAGGGCGAGCCACAAAAGUGUGGGCAGGGCAGCAUCAAGCGGGGCCGCACCUGCACCCGAUGCUGGGGACGAUGAGGACAAAGCCGCAAAGGUUAUUCAGAGCAACUAUCGUGGGCACCGAGAGAGAAAACGUCUGGAGGAUGAGGGAAAGCUCCCUGGCCGAGGAAAACACAGUAGUAACACCCCAGAGGAAGAAGCCCACACUGUGAACAUGGAGGCUAAUGAACUACAGGGGGACGAGAAGGACGAACAGCAAGCAGCUGUGAAAAUUCAAAGUAAUUACAGAGGAUUUAAGGAAAGAAAACAAAUUCAAGACCGUGUUGAAAGGGAAGGAGAAAUGUUUACAACUUUUUCAAAGCAGGUGGGUGUUAUCAAGUAUUUUGCUUGUUUCAUAUACUGGACAUUAACUUUUGAAAGUCAGCUCAGUUGAUGGAAAUAAUGACAGUAUUUCCCCCUGAUGGUCUGCAUCCCAGGGUAUUCGCGGAAGUGUCUCUAGAAAUCGUGGACGCAUUGGUGAUCAUUUUCCAAUGUUCUAUAGAUUCAGGAUCCGUUCUUGUGGAUUGGAGGGUAGCUAAUGUUGUCCCACUUUUUAAGAAAGGCAGGAGAGAGAAAACAGGAAAUUAUAGACCAGUUAGCCUGGCAUCGGUGGUGGGGAAGAUGCUGGAGUCAAUUAUAAAAGAUGAAAUAGCAGCACAUUUGGAUAGCAGUAACAGGAUCGGUCCAAGUCAGCAUGGAUUUAUGGAGGGGAAAUCAUGCUUGACUAAUCUUCUGGAAUAUUUUGAGGAUGUAACUAGGAAAAUGGACAAAAGAUAGCAAGUGGAUGUAGUGUACCUGGACUUUCAGAAAACAUUUGAUAUGGUCCCACAUAGGAGAUUAGUGGGUAAAAUCAGAGCACGUGGUAUUUGGGGUUGGGUACUGACAUGGAUAGAAAAUUGGUUGGCAGACAAGAAACAGAGAGUAGGGAUUAACGGGUCCCUUUCAGAAUGGCAGGCAGUGACUAGUGGGGUACCGCAAGGCUCGGUGCUCGGACCGUAGCUAUUUACAAUAUACAUCAAUGAUUUAGAUGAAGGUAUUAAAAGUAACAUUAACAAAUUUGCAAAUGACACAAAGUGGGUGGCAGUGUGAACUGUGAGGAGGAUGCUAUGACGAUGCAGGGUGACUUGGACAGGUUGGGUGAGUGGGCAGAUGCAGUUUAAUUUGGAUAAAUGUAAGG